UUUCAUUUAUCUACAUUCUCUCGGAUGGAUAUGUCUGAGCAUCCCUAGAAAGUAGUUCCGCAGAGUAAGUGAGUAGGGAGAUCACCUUGAGUUAGUCUCAGUGUAACGACAGCAAGGCUUCACCGAUCCAAGCAGUUCACUAGCAAGACAAGGACUUCUCCAUUGAUCGCCAUGCCUCAUCCAAAGUCUGUAGACAUGGGCUCUGCCUUCAUCCAGACACAGCAGCUCAACGCUGCCAUGGCUGACACCUUCCUGGAACACAUGUGCCUGCUGGACAUUGACUCUGAGCCCACCACCGCACGCAACACUGGCAUCAUCUGCACCAUUGGGCCAGCCUCCCGUUCUGUGGAUAUGCUGAAGGAGAUGAUCAAGUCUGGAAUGAACAUUGCUCGCUUGAACUUCAGCCAUGGCACACAUGAGUACCAUGCAGAGACGAUCAAGAACGUGCGCGAGGCAUGUGAGAGCUUCGAGCCUGGCAGUAUCCAGUACAGGCCUAUCGGAAUUGCACUGGACACCAAGGGCCCAGAGAUCAGGACUGGCCUCAUCCAGGGAAGCGGCACUGCUGAGGCGGAGCUGAUUAAAGGCAACAUGAUCAAGAUUACCUUGGAUGAUACUUACCGGGACAACUGCAGUGAUGAGAUCCUCUGGCUCGACUACAAGAACAUUACCAAGGUGGUGGAAAUUGGCAGCAAGAUCUACAUUGACGAUGGACUCAUAUCCCUGCAGGUCAAGGAGAUUGGUUCUGAUUUCCUCAUGUGUGAGAUUGAGAACGGUGGCACCCUGGGCAGCAAGAAGGGAGUGAACCUCCCUGGUGCUGCUGUAGAUCUGCCUGCUGUUUCAGACAAGGACAUCGAGGACCUACAGUUUGGUGUGCAGCACGGAGUCGACAUGGUCUUUGCCUCUUUCAUCCGCAAAGCUGAAGACGUACAUGCUGUCAGAGCAGUGCUGGGAGAGAAAGGCAAAAACAUUAAGAUCAUCAGCAAGCUUGAGAACCACGAAGGUGUACGCAGAUUUGAUGAAAUCAUGGAAGCCAGCGAUGGCAUCAUGGUUGCCCGUGGUGACCUGGGAAUUGAGAUCCCCACAGAAAAGGUCUUCCUAGCCCAGAAGAUGAUGAUCGGUCGCUGCAAUAGAGCUGGCAAGCCGAUCACAUGUGCCACUCAGAUGUUGGAGAGCAUGAUCAAGAAGCCCAGACCCACCCGUGCUGAGGGCAGUGACGUAGCCAACGCCGUGUUGGACGGCGCUGACUGUAUCAUGCUGAGCGGAGAGACUGCCAAGGGAGAUUACCCUCUGGAGGCAGUGCGCACACAGCACAUGAUUGCUCGUGAAGCCGAGGCAGCCAUGUUCCACCGGCAGGUGUUUGAGGACCUGCGUCGCUCCACGCCGCACUGCAAAGACCCAGCUGAGGCUAUUGCAAUCGGCGCUGUUGAAGCCUCCUUUAAGAGCUUAGCCUCUGCGAUCAUUGUGCUCACUGGCUCUGGAAGGUCCGCCCACCUGAUCUCCAGGUACAGGCCCCGUGCCCCCAUCCUCUCUGUGACCCGUAAUGCUCAGACAGCUCGCCAGGCCCACCUGUACCGCGGCAUCUUCCCUGUCCUCUACACCAAGCCCGCCCACGAUGUAUGGGCAGAGGAUGUCGACAUGCGUGUCAACUUUGCCAUGGAUAUGGGCAAGGCCAGAGGCUUCUUCAAAGAGGGAGACGUUGUCAUCAUCUUGACUGGCUGGCGUCCAGGCUCUGGUUACACCAACACCAUGCGUGUGGUUCCGGUGGCCUGAACAGUCAUCGGGGCUGCUUUCUCCUUCCACCUUCAUCUAUCUUUCAUAGCGCUCAACCCCACAGCCCUUCUCAUCCAACACACAGGCUCACAGACUCAACCCCUGAACAAUGUACUAUUUUAGGCUAUAAUGCAAAGAAAUUUAAAAAAUAACAUAUAGCCGUCAUGGCCUAAGAGCUGUUUUGGGUGGGUAGUGGAGGCUUGAUCCAUACAACUCCACUUUAUUUCUCCAUUCCUUUUCACAUCGAUUGUCUCAAUCAAACCAGUCUCCAGGGCCUCAGAUUAAUACACCCUAACCAGAAACUGCUGUAUUUAUUCACUCCAACACUUGUAUUAUUAAAAGUGAAUCAGUCUGAGUGUGAAUGCAUCCUGGCCUGUGUGCAUGCACAUACUGGCUCUUGAUUAGGUGGGGUUAGUGGCAGGGCAGGCUGAUCUUAACAGAGCACCUUGUACUGUGCCAGUUUACCAAUUCCUCUGCUGAUAGAACAAACAAACCUGUGGCAUCCAAAAUCAAAAGGGCUCCUCCUACAGUGCAGCCUAAGCACCACCACUCCACCCAAACAGAUCCUUCUGUUUUGCUGUCUGUACGAAGUGUCCUCUCUUAAUGCCAGCUUUCACUGUAUCUGUAAGUGUUGCACUCCUAAUCUGUUCCAGACAAUGUUACAUUCGAUAUUAUACUUGACUUUUGUGACUGGUAAAGUUUUGUUUAGGACCGGACAUCCAAUACUACUUAUAUUUUGUCUGACCAUAGAGAAAUGUUAGUUUUGGAUGUCCACUUCAGAGGUGUUUGAGCUAGUUACUGUAUUUGUGUUACUAGAUGUGUCAUUAAGCCUUUACAUUUAUUUACAUUUGGAUAUUAUCUAAGUUGGCACUUAUGAAUCAUUUACGGUUCACUACAGUUGACCAAUAUAAAUGAGCACUUUUAGUUUGUUUUCUUUCUACCUGAUGAGGGGAUGAAGCCCUGUCCCUCUCAGCCCAGUGGGCGAUGGGUAGAACCCCCCUGCUUGUCUUGAUACUUCUAUGUUGGUGACCCGCUGUAGCUGUCUUUGUGUCUAAAACAUGCUUUGAAUCGUAACGCUAGAGUGUAAGAACUAACUAAUGUUAAGGGGUAUUAUAAUGUUUUGCUGGUGUACUGAGCUGUCCUAAAAGACUGAAUUUCCAUCAAUAAAAGAGAUGAGCACCUAUCUUAA